CGCUUGCCGCCCCACGGCUACCCCCUGGAACACCCCUUUAACAAGGACGGGUACCGUUACAUCCUGGCUGAGCCCGACCCCCACGCCCCUGACCCGGAGAAGCUGGAGCUGGACUGCUGGAGCCUGCCUGUACGAGCGCGUCCUCCUGGCGCUGCGUUCUCCGCUCAGCGCUUGCCGCCCCACGGCUACCCCCUGGAACACCCCUUUAACAAGGACGGGUACCGUUACAUCCUGGCUGAGCCCGACCCCCACGCCCCUGACCCGGAGAAGCUGGAGCUGGACUGCUGGGCAGGAAAGCCCAUUCCUGGGGACCUCUACAGAGCCUGCCUGUACGAGCGCGUCCUCCUGGCGCUGCACGACCGAGCUCCUCAGCUGAAGAUUUCCGACGACAGGCUGACCGUGAUCGGCGAGAAGGGCUACUCGAUGGUGCGAGCCUCGCACGGGGUGCGGAAAGGAGCCUGGUACUUUGAAAUAUCCAUGGAUGAGAUGCCUCCGGACACAGCCGCCAGAUUAGGCUGGUCACAGCCAUUAGGGAACCUCCAGGCGCCGCUGGGAUACGACAAGUUCAGUUACUCCUGGCGCAGCAAAAAGGGAACCAAGUUUCACCAGUCGAUAGGGAAACACUACUCGUCUGGCUACGGACAGGGCGAUGUCCUGGGGUUUUACAUCAGCCUUCCAGAAGACACCGAGACUGCCAAAUCGCUGCCCGACACGUACAAAGACAAGGCUUUGAUCAAAUUCAAAAGCUACUUGUACUUCGAAGAGAAGGACUUUGUGGACAAAGCGGAGAAGAGCCUA